AGUUCAGUGAAGUGGAUGCCUUCAAAGGUGAGAAUGAUGCAAAGGAUGAUGGUCUUGGAUCAAACUUGUUCUGAUAUAACAGGUAUCUCUAAGAAAAAUUAUGAAGAGAAAAAGCUACCAUUAUCACUUCUAGGAACUGAUAAUAGCGGCAACAAUUCUUCAAACCAAAGCAGUAGUAUCACUGUUAGGGUUUGCUCUGAUUGUCACACCACUAAGACCCCUCUUUGGAGAAGUGGACCAAGAGGUCCCAAGUCACUUUGCAAUGCCUGUGGGAUACGGCAAAGGAAGGCAAGACGUGCCAUUGCCGCUGCAAAUGGUACAAUUUUAGUGGGGGCUGAGAAACCUCAUGUGAAGGGAAAUAAGUUGCACAACAAAGAGAGGAAGUCCAAAACCGAGAGUGCACCAAAGUUGAAAAAGAAGCGUAAACUUGAAGCCAAUGCCAAUUCAUCUCGAGGUAGAAAGAAGUUCGGUUUUGAGGAUUUGACAAUAAGCUUGAGUAAUAACUUGGCUCUCCAACAAGUUUUCCCUAAGGAUGAGAAGGAGGCUGCGAUAUUGCUUAUGGCUUUAUCUUAUGGUCUACUUCAUGGCUUUCCCUCAGAUAUCUUUACUUAGAUUUAUGAGAUUUUUGUAUUCAUGGUUAGGAUACAGCUUUUUAUGACUCGAGAU